ACAGAGAUUCAAUCAAGGAAUGGAGCUUUGAGUAUCCAUUGGCAAAUAAAUUGGGAAAGCAGUGUUUCAUUGAUGGUGUGUACCUCACUAACAAGAGCAAAAUGACCGAGAUCACGCUAGCCAUGAUGUUAGGAAGGAAAAGACUUGUCAUUGAUUGCAGGAAUGGGAUCCCUGAGUCUACUCCAGGUGACAAGGCCUUUUAUACUCCAGAAUAUAGCCCCGACUUCCACAAACUGAGUUCAGCUAGAACUCUGAAUCACUUUGGAAUAUCACGCAGAUUGAAAAAGAUUACUACUGUUACCCUCCAGAAAAAACCUGGAGUCCCAAGUAUACCAUACAGUGUCAAAUGGAAAAUGCAUCAGCUGGAGGAGGAGAAGCUUUCAGUAAUAAAUUUGGAACAGUGGAAGCCAGCACCUCCACUGGUUUUCACCAAGAGAACCAGAGAAAGUGAAAACCUAUAAACCCAAAGUUGUUUUUGCCAGAUUUAAUUGAAACUAUUUGUAUAUGGCUCUUCA